GAACUAUCCACGUCAAAGACAAAGAGUCGCACUGGAGUCGACAUUCGCUCAGAAUCAUCCUCGCACAAACAACCAGCGGUAUGGCAACCCAUACAGAUGAUAUCGCUCAACAGCGAUCCUCGGCUGGUUCAGCACGCGGUGGCCGUGACAGGCGCCCACAAACAGUUCAGCAACAGCUUUCGAAGAUCGAGAAAAGUGUCACACAUCUCCUCGUCGCGACAAAGCAGCUACUCGAAACGUUGACGCAAUGGUCACGAAACAAUGCGACCGAGGGCGAGGUUUCAGAUGUCUAUGUGCGCCUUGGGUACGAGUUCAACAUUGCGUCUAGAGCCUUCAAUGAAAUUGGAGUAGAGACUACAGACUUAGGAAAUGUCCCAGAAUCCUUAAGGGGAAUACUAGAAGAGACACUGAGCCAAGAAGCGUCGCAAGCCAGCCUCGAUCGCUACCUUCCGAAGAUCCGAGAUAUCAUAAUCAACCUUUUACAUGGUCUGAAGAAAAAGCAACAAAGAUUACGACAAAGGAAGGGUAUUGAUGGUACGAAUGGGACAGCAAGACAGGGGAGCGUGAGCAGCACAGGCGGUACGUUAGACUUGGACGAAGAGAUCCCCCAGAGAUCGUCAAGCAAUCGACCGUCGGCAUACAGGCAAGGCAGUGGUGACAUGGGAUUUACAAGCUCGGUCGACCCACCACCGCGAACAACAUCUGCGCCCGGGCGCUCUUCACCCAACAAAUAUGAAAGCGUGCCGCCUAAUUCCCGAACUAAGACAGCAAGCCGAGAUACUGUCGCUUCGAAUGACUCUUCCCUAUCUAGCAACACCAUGCAAAAUAUACCAGUCAUCUCACCUUACCCAACUGAGGAACAGAUGCCCGAACCUCCUAAGCCAACACCUCCUCCAUACACAGACUUUCCUCCUCCUCCGCCUCCACCACCAAAACAACAAGAUGCACUGGCAGCUCUGCAGCGUGGUGGGGAUCUUGAGCGACGAGCUUCUAGGAGAUUUUCUGCAUACCAACUGCAGAAGCUCGUUGGCACUAAUGGCAUACCGAUGAUGCCUUCGUCGCAAAAUACGCCAAUACCGAACAGGGGACGGGAUGCACGUGAAUCAAUGCACGCUGUACGCACCCGCGGAUCUGUGAUGGCACGUCGUGAUAAGUCGACGAGGAUGCCACAGCUGGAAACAUCGAGCCGAGUCAAUGAUGUCUCGCAGCAGAUUAAGGAAGAAGAGCCAAAUGGCAUAUCCCACCCCGUGAUGGAAGCUCCUAACGAACUACAGCCAGCUUCAAGCCCUAUCGCCAAGACUCCAGAAGACAAACUGGGUCCAAGCAUGGGUAACUUUGAGAAGGAGAGUGCAGAGCUUGGGGCGACACUUUCUGGUCCUAUUCUGGAACCCGUGGACUUGGCAAUGUUGCCUGAAAAGAAACCUUCAAUUCAGAGGCGAUCUCAGCUGCCUUCCAUGUUCAACUCGCGCAAGAAAUCACCGUCCCCACCGCAUACCACCGAGUUUAUCCCGGAAGGUUCGCCGCAACCUGGAAAAGAAUUGACGCUGUUCUUACAAUACAAGAGCAGAGUGAAGAAAUUCGUGUUUUCAGAUGGCGCCGAUGUGUCGAUACCACGGCUACAGCUUGCUUUCAUCGAGAAGUUUGCGUGGAACACCCACAACAAUGGCGUUGAUUUGCCGGAAAUCCACAUUCAAGAUCCCGUAUCAGGGGUGCGGUACGAGCUUGAAGAUCUGAGCGAUAUCAAGGAUCGUGCAGUCCUUGUCCUCAAUGUCGAGGUACUAGACGAGGUUAAAAAACACAUAGACGACGGACUUGGAGGCCUAACAAAACUUGUGGAAGGAAUCAAAGCAACAGUGGACGAACAGCAAGCCGCUCUACAACGAGUGUCCGCGCGCCAGGUAGACACCGCCAAGGAAAUCGCCAGCAUUGCUGCAGUUCCUCCGGGACUUACUUCUGGUCGAGGUUCCAUGCUCACUACGCCAAUCUCGCCCCAACCUGGAGCAGUCGUUGCUGAAUUGUCAAUUGACGCCGCGGCUCAGCUGGGAGAAGUUGCGUCCCUACGCCGGGACCUUGCGGUUGUGCGGCAGACGUACACUUCAUUUGUGACCGAUGUCGAAUCAUCAAUGGCUAACGUCCGUGCCAAAGCCGCUACCGUCAAGUCGACAGCAAUCAAAGCUGCUGUGCCCACGCUUGAGGGAGACACAGGCCGUUCAUACGUCAAUGCGGGCAAGAAGACGCUUAGCGACGACUCUGAGAAGAUCGUCAACCGCGUCGAUGACCUCCAGGACCUUGUGGAAGAUCUCAGGAAAGAUGUCGUGUCACGUGGAGUCAGACCCAAGCCCCGCCAGCUGGAAAUUGUCGCAAAGGAUAUUCAGAUCGCCACAUCAGAGGUAAAGAAGCUCCAAGACUAUCUACGCAAGGAGAAACCUAUCUGGACCAAGAUCUGGGAACGAGAACUGCAAGUCGUGUGCGAUGAAAGAGAAUUGUUGUCUAUGCAAGAAGACCUUGCCGCUGACCUCCAGGAUGAUUUGGAUAAGGCAGCAGAAACAUUCCAACUUGUUGAAGAGGCAACCAAACAACAAAAUCUUCCCGGAGCUAAUCGAUCUGCUUCAGGCACUACUCGGGGCAACGCCAAUCGCCUUGCCCUUACAAUGGACCAAGCUGUCGAUCCACGCAAGGCAAAGGACAACUUCUUAGGCGAGGUUCGUGCCCUCCAACCGAACCAUGAAGGUCGACUCGAGGCUAUACACCGUGCCGAGAGAGUCCGUCAAAAAGAAUUAGAGAGUCGCCGAGGUGGAGAGUUUGGUCGGGAACUGGCAAGCUUUGUCGACGAGGGGAAGUUGAAGAAGAGCGGAGGCGUUGAGGAAGUCGAACGGUUGCGGAAAUUAAGAGACGAGCAGAAUAUCAAAGCUAAUCUAGAGGCUGCCCAGCAAAGAGCAGCCGCCGUGGCCGAAAGACAACGAGAAAGGGCCGCCGCCGCUGCUGCUGCCACCACAGAUGAUGCCGUAGAGAAGCAAGAUGUCACGACCCCUGAAGCCGAAUUUGCGGAUGCAAAUGAAGAUUCUAAGGAGUCUGGUGGUGAGAUUACAUCCUGAAUGCAUGGAUCUCCCUCGAUCAGGUCCUAUUAUUGA